AUGUCGUCGCUACCUGUGCAACCUGUGCGAACAUCAAUAGAGAGGCCCCAACUAGGGAAGAAAGAUCUGAUUCAAUUAGUUGAACGUCAAAUUACCAAGUGGCCUACUCAACAACCAUUCCAACGUUCGAAGGUUUUAGUCAAGGAUCUCAGAAGUAACCUCCUCAAUCCGAGUAACGGCUUCACUACUACUGUACCACUCACCAACAUACCGACUUUGCGCAAGCCUCGUCAUGCACAAGAUUCUUCUGCUCUCAAUAGUGUCGCAACUUCGUUCUGCACAUCUUCCUCGUCAGUGGGAUCCAACCAUCCUGACUCUAUGCAAGUAUCCCUAUCUUCGACUACUCCUAAUUCCAACGUCGGCCUGAAACAAAGCCAAAUUUCAUCAGACUCGUCUGCGCCAACACUCAUUCUCAAAUUACUCAUUAACGACACACGUUAUCACCAGGAAGGCAUCCGUCGUUCACAAGUCAUUACUGUGCCAUCUGUCAACCAAUCAGAACAUGCGCCGGAAUACGCUAUCAAGUUUAUUCAUCUUUUUCAAAACUUGCAAAAGACAAAUACGAUGCUCGAGGGUAUUGGCGAACUUACAUUCUGUGAUCCCGAUGAACCCGACUAUGGCCAAAUUCUAAUGAAAGGAGAAUUUCGUACUACAAUACCUGAUUCGGAGCUACUUAUUGUCACAAACUCGAAGACGCUAAAGCUGAACGUCACACCAUACCCAAGUUUGUCCAUCUCUUCAUUCGCCUCUGGCCCCUUGCAGAACGAGAGUUCGCUUACUUCCUCAAGCAACACUACUGCGACAACGGUUGUCAUUGGUUCCAGUCAGUACAUAAAUCAACUACUCAACGACCCAAAUUCCAAACCCCUUCGAAUUGCAGAAUCAGUUCACGCGAUCAAGAAAGGUCCCAAAUCGAAGAUGAUUAGUGAGCUGGUAAUUGAAGCAUCAAAACUCCCUGGACAUGCUACAUUCACUGCCAAUCGUCAUCGUGUCCUCUUGUAUAACCAAGUAGCGGCACACUGGGAAUUUGCUGCAUCAUUCUCUGCAACUCACUUUCAUAAGCAGUGUCCAAUUACGUAUAACAUCAAGUCGAAGAAAGCCAUAGCUAAAGCUCUCGGUAUUCAAUCGACAUCCCUUAGUGCCGCCGAGCAAGGUCAUGAACUGAUACAACUAUAUGGAGCAGGCGGAAGUCAUGAAUCAUCGGAAGUUGUGAAUGAGGUUGAAAGUGGUAAGACAGGCGCAAUGGCACUUAUGGAUUUUCUUCGCAAGUGGGAGGCUGAUCACCCAGUCACCGGUUCAAAGGCAGAAAAGAGACGUCUCAAGCUACGAAAGAUGGGAUUGUGA